AGCAGCAGCUGCUUGUUACGAAAGUUGGGUUCGGCUGUAUUGGUGUGGUGGUUCUGUAUACUUUUCUUUCUGAUUUGGUCUUUGGUCUUGCCCUCUUGGCCCAAAGUAGAUAGUAAUUCUUGAUGGUUAGACUCUUAUUAAUUAUUAUCAUUUAAUAUAUUUAAUAAAUUAGUCAACAUAAUAAAUCCUUAUUAUAAAAUGGCUGUUGCUGCUAGGGCACUUUCAAAAUUGACAGUAAGAAGACCAAGCGGUUUGUUAGCUACUCAAGUAAGAUUUAAUUAUACGGAAACGAGAAAAAACUUGAAAAUUAAUUCAAAUACUAAAGUAAUAUGUCAAGGAUUUACUGGUAAGCAAGGAACGUUUCAUUGUCAACAAGCUAUAGACUAUGGAACCAAAAUUGUUGGUGGUGUUAGCCCAAAAAAAGCUGGUACCGAACAUCUUGGUAAACCAGUAUUCAAGACAGUUAAAGAGGCAAAAGAAGCUACUGGAGCCGAUGCUUCUGUAAUUUAUGUUCCACCUCCAGCGGCUGCUGCUGCAAUCAUGGAAGCACUUGACGCCGAGAUGCCCUUGAUUGUAUGUAUUACUGAAGGUAUUCCUCAACACGACAUGGUUAAAGUCAAGCGACGUUUAUUAGAACAAAAUAAAUCACGUUUGAUUGGACCGAAUUGUCCUGGUAUCAUAGCACCUGAACAAUGUAAAAUUGGAAUUAUGCCAGGGCAUAUUCAUCAGAAGGGAAAAAUCGGUAUUGUUUCGAGGUCCGGAACUUUAACCUAUGAGGCUGUGAAUCAAACAACACUUACAGGCCUUGGGCAAUCACUUUGUGUUGGUAUUGGAGGUGAUCCAUUCAACGGUACUGAUUUUAUUGAUUGCUUGGAAGUAUUCAUUAAUGAUCCGGCUACCGCUGGAAUUAUCAUGAUUGGAGAAAUUGGAGGCAGUGCCGAGGAAUCAGCUGCUGAAUAUCUUGUUCAGCAUAAUAGUGGCCCAAAUGCUAAACCUGUAGUAUCAUUCAUUGCUGGAAUUACCGCACCACCUGGACGUAGAAUGGGCCACGCUGGAGCUAUCAUUUCUGGGGGCAAAGGAGGGGCUCAAGAUAAAAUUAACGCACUCGAGAAGGCUGGUGUUAUAGUAACGAGAAGUCCCGCUCAAAUGGGCCGUGAAUUGUUAAAAGAAAUGACACGUCUUGGUCUUCACUCAAACUAAUAAAUCAAGACUUACCUGUAAAAUAUUGUAGUCCUAUUUGUCCUAAUAUCUCUUAAAUUAGUAACUAAUUAUCUUUAUCGUUUGAAAAAAUAACAAACGAAAAAAAAAAAAUUAUUGAUAUAAGGACGAAUGUUGACGCAAUUUUCAAGUUUAAAAUAAAUAGAUUCAAUACGUUAAAAUAUUUUGAAAGUAUAUAUUAAAUUAAUGUGUCAACAAACUCAAUCCAUAUAAUAUAAUUAAAACAACAUAAUUAUUAAUAAUAUUAAUUAUAAUAAUAAUAAUAAUAAUAAUAAUAUAUUAAUUAUUAAUAAUAAAAAUUGUACAGUGUUUAAAUCCUUAUUGGAUUAUAAUAUGUUGAAAGUAAUUCAAUAAUGUAGUUUCACGCUUCUUAUUAAAAACAAAAAUAAAAAAAGUGGAACUUUAUUUAAGCCAUUGAAAAAAAAAAUUAAUAACUAAUAUAAUUUAACAUAUUUAAUUUGAUAUUAUCGCGAUUCAUUUAUUAAAAAGAGCAUGUUUCUAUAAAAUGUUAUCAAAUCACAAUGCGCUUGUUGUAAGUAAUGUUGAAAAAUAAAAAAAAUAAAACUUAAAUA